AUGAGUGAUUGGGUAACAAAGUCUCCUUGUUAUGUAUCUAUUUCUAACUUUUUGUAUUUUCUCAUUUUCCCGGCAGCUGCACCUACGGUGGACCACGCCAAGCUGACCAACUGGCAGCAGCAACCCGUGAACGUGUUUCUGUCCUCUAAGCGGCCCCCAUGCGUAGAGGAGCUGCAUCAGGAGGCCGAACUCAACCUACAGACCUUACUCCAAGGCGACUGUUUCGCAGAAGAAUUUGAAGAUCGUUAUCUAGAUACUAAAGUCACAGGGCAGACCUUCCACUACUCGGCUCUGUCCCAAUCGGCAACACUUGCUCCAGAGACUCCCACCAAGAGUAACCUCAGGCGCCUGGAGUUUGUCUACUUGCCAAGCAACAGAAGGGUGAGUGAAGAUGAAAGUACCACAGUAGGCGUGAGACCACGGGAAACAUGCCUGAGCUUACCUACAACACCAGAUAAGCAAGUGGCCUGGAUUAAAGCCUUCCCAUUUCCUAUACCAGAAGAGAGGCGGUGGCACCAAUCUAAUUCUAUACAAACCAACAUUGUGCCCAUAAAUGUAUCAGGAGAACUGUUUGACAAACACGCCAGCUCGCACCACUCCUUGUUCAACACAGAGACAGCGGUGAACCCGAAAACCACUCUGAGACGUAGAAGGACCAUAAUUGGGUUCUCCCACCACCAGUCGCAGGAUCAGGGAGAGGGCAAGAGAUCCGCAGCUUCUGAGUCAACGCCCAAGAAGUCCACGCCAGGAAACGUCAAUGGUGUAACUACCAGCGAACAACCUCCAGCGCCCCCCGAUUCUCCUCCUGCGAAAUCAGAAUCCUCCCAUGGGAGACAUCCUGGAGGGAGAGCGGCUACACCUCACCCUCAACAGCUGCCAUUGAGAAAGACUUUCAGUGAUCUUGGCCACAUAUUACAGCCAUCAAAUAAUAUGGACAGCGCGAGUAUGAUAUAUUCGAAUCCCCCGUGCAAUGGGGCUAAGGACUGCGCCACAUCAAACUGGCAGGCAAACUCCUUUAACUAUAUGACUUCGUCGAGUCCACUAAAAAUCGAGCACGCCCCUGUUGCAGAGCCCGCAAAAAGUUUGACGAUGACCAUGGCAUCUCCCGGGGUUUGUAAAGGGACAGGCUCCUUUAAGAUAAAAAAAGAAAACCUAACAAGGGGUCAUAGUGGAAGCAUAUGCUUGAGCACAACUCUUCCAGGACACGGCAUGGAUCCACCAAAAGUUGAGAAGUACAAGGUCGUUUCCUGCCCUAGUCAGCAACUAGGAGGAAGCAGCUUGAACAAUUCGUCCACCUUGCCAACAGCGCGCAACGAGUGCACAUUCCGAGAAAGGUCACUGUCAAUGCCUACAGACACCGGUUCCCUCUCUUCGGUGGACAUAACCUACGCCGAGAACAGGAGAGGAAGUGGGGACUACGCUUUAAACUAUCCCAGUGGGAGCUCCGAGGAGAGCACGAGUACAGAGAAUGUAUCCGCGGUGGUUGACCAGGACAAUCAGGAACGUAGAAGAUCUCGAAGCAUCUCCUUGAGGAAGCCGAAGAAAAAGCCUUCACCUCCCGCACGUAGCGUUUCCCUCAUAAAAGAUGCGUCCGCACAGAAACUGCAGCCGGCGUCCACUAUGCCAAAGGAUCAAAGACCCAAAAGCCUCUGCAUUGCCUUUGAUAGCCAAGGGAACAGUUAUAUUCCAACAUCCAUGCAGGGCAAUGCUACGAUGCCAUCGUCGAAAAGCAUGCUCUUUACUCAAAAUUGGAAUUCCAGUGAUUGCAAGUCCAACGACCUGCACAGGACAUUGACAAGCUCUAGUUCCGUAACAGGUUUAACAGUUAUAGAAUCCAGGAAGAUACAGGGAAGUUCUGAGUCCCUGACGUCGCUAUACAAUUCAAGAGCCACAACGCCAUCACAAACUUGCACAGAGGUGGACUCAAAGCUGUCGUCACCUGGUAAACCUCCAGGCUUGAUGUCUCCAUCUAGUGGCUACUCAAGUCAAUCAGAGACCCCAACUACAUUUUCAACAUCAUUAAUUCUAGGUCAUUCUCCUUACCAAAGCCAAAGGGUAAGGCCCAUGGUCCCUGAAAGGAAAUCAUCACUGCCAGCUGUUUCCCCGAUUGAUAGAAGUCCCAGUGUCCGGCAGUCAUUUGACUUACCGCUUACUCCACCCACGCAUCUGGAUCUGACCAGUGGCAGAAAUUCGUCAAGGAACAAAGUGAGGACCAGCAAGAGCCACUCCGAUUCAACAUUCAGCACUAAAAACCAGAAUCAGAAAACAAGUCCGGUGCAGCCAGUAAUGCCGAUGGUCACUCAGUCAGACCUCCGCAACAUCCGUCUCAGGUCAAUAAGCAGAUCUGAAACAGAAGAUAACUUAGAUAUUGUAGACCACCUGGACGAACUGACCGAUGAAGCCUUUCCUUUGCCAGAGAAGAAGACAAAGCCUCCGGUGGCCGAAAAACCACCGAUGUCUAGGAGGCCCAACAGCCUUUCAUACAGAACUUCUGCAGCCAUGCCAGAAUCUCCCGUGAUGUCGCCCUCUUCUCCUGGAAAAUACCUUCGAGACCAAGUAUCCCCUCAGGACGCAUACAUGGUGAUUGGAACUAUGCGGCACAAGAAGAAUUACGACUAUGAAAUGCGUAUGGAGACACCUCCUUCUUUAGACCCCUCUCCACCACCCGAGAGUUACUUCCAAACCAACCAGCCAAGCGCCAGGAGCUUCUCACAGAGCAGCGCUGACGAAGAUGACUAUUACAGGGGAAGACAAUUCCCAGACAGAAUAACCCUACACAACUUGAGUUAUAUAGAUAAAAAGAAAGUAAAGGUUCCACCGCCGAUUCCAAAAAAGCCCAGCGUGUUACACUUGCCGGUUGCCAGUCCACCACCAGGCCAGAUGACGCCAUCUUCAUCCGAGCAGAGGCUAUCUCCUAUUGUAACGUCAGAUUAUGGAGCCUGCGCGUAUCCUGAUAUCAUUGAGUUCCAGAAAUAUAGUGCCGAAGGAUCCAUUCAUGGUGCACAACCCGAUCUUGUGUCUAUGGAUGCCUAUUCAGGAUCAUACGCAAACAUGCCAGAAGACGGCAAGUGUGUAUCAAGGAAGACAGCAGAGUGCAUUACUGAAGAUGAUGACGAGGUGUUUGUCAGUUCACGUACCACCGAAGAUUUAUUUACACUCAUCCACAGGUCAAAGAGGAAGUUGCUGGGAUGGAAAGACUCCGGAGACUCUUUCGGGAGCAGACAAAGUUCAAUGUCUCCGAUCAAAAUUUCAUACGCCACAAACAGUGACACGGGAACGCUGAGCAUUAGCCGGACUUCUAGCAAAACCGAGGACUUUAAAGCCCUUCUCCAAAGGAAGGGCAGCAAAAGCAGCAUAGGGGCCCGACCCUCGGCCGCCGAACUCCUUAAAACCACCAACCCUUUGGCUCGGAGAGUGAUGAGCGAGUUUGCUCCGGAAUUUGAGAAAAACGGCAACACCAAAACCUUGCCUAGAGAUUGAUUUGGU